CAAGGGCUCCGGGAGACGCUGCUACAUAUUACCGAGAACCGGGAUGGAGGAGAGGCGGAGGGGGGAAGAAAAAAAAGUUUCGUUUAAACCUGGCAGAGAAACUUUCAACAUGAAGCCUCACUGACGCACCGUUUCACCACCACCACAGCAACACCAGCGCUACAACAAAGCUUGCUUUUCCACCGAAUACAUUUUUCUCCUCCCAGCUUGUGUUUUUCUUCCCUCUUGUAUUAUUCUCUGUGUGUGCACGGCUGGUCGGGGCUCGCUGUCACUGCGCGCUGAGAUGUUGGAGUGACCAUGGCUGCGCAAGUUGCAUCGGCUCCGACCAGAACUAAUAACAAAAAUAAGAAAUUAGCCAGCGGUUUGGGUCCGGAGCUCAAUUCGGGGAAAUCAGGAGGAGCAGGGACCGUACAGCGGACAGGACCGAUGCUGGGUGCCGGAGAUGGGACCCUGAAUAAUGUAGACCAUCACCGCCGAAACGAGCUCAACAUGGUUCAUUCAACUUCCACGACUCACAACGCUUCGGACGGCCACGACAAGGAUGGAAAUAACCUCACGUCCGCCUCGGCUUCGACUAAUUCAACCACUUCCUCGAUGGAAACGGGUUUGAUCGCGAACCACAAGCUGAAAUGUGUGGGGAGCGGAGAUCCCCCUCAGUCUCAACCGCCGCCGCCGCAGCAGCCGCCGCCGCAAUUCGGCCAAUUUGCGCCACAUCAGCAGCGACAGAUCCAAAGUAACAACACCGCCAAUAACAACGGUCAGGGGCCCCGUGGGGACAGGGGUAUGGAUCACCAGCACCAUGGCGGCAAAGAGAACCUGUUGGGGGGCCAGGGGGAGCCACAGCAGCAGCACAUGCCAGGAAAAGGUGAGGGGGACCUCAUCUGUAAACCCGCGGAGAGGAUGAUGGGUACCAGGUAUGAACACUCUAACUUGGGACCAACUAGUAACAACUCUGAGUUUAAUAACAACUAUUACACUCCAAGGCCCUCUUAUGAGCAACAUGGCGGACAUCAGCAGCAGAGCAGUGGGAUGGGGAUAACGCACUCCUCGGCACAUAACAGCAUGGAGAACUCCCACGAAGCAGGGUACCAGAACAACCAGUACAAUCAGUACCCGGGGUACCGGGCGGGCUACGGCGGUGGGGCCUACGGGAUGAUGGGCCCCACUGGAUGCCGACAACCUGGGAACAUGAUGAUGGGCAGCAACUCCUCAGCAAGCCACGGCAAGUCUCCACUGGGAGCUGCUUCGGGUGGCUUUCAGAGGUUCCCAGGACAAACUCAGCAGCAGCAGCAGCCGCAGCAGCAACAGCAGCAGCAUCCCUCAGGGGCCACCCCGACACUCAACCAACUGCUGACGUCCCCCAGCCCCAUGAUGCGGGGCUAUGGCGGUGCAUAUCAAGACUACAGCGGCUCCCCGGCGCAGCAGCAAGCCGGCAUGGGCCUAGGGAAAGACGUGGGGGCCCAGUACGGUGCCAACUCGGCCCACGGCUGGGGAGGGCAGCAAAGAAACCACCCACAAAUGAGUCCAGGCAACGGAGGGCAAGGCCUCGGCAGGGCGCAGGUGUCCUCCAUGGACUUCAUGGCUAUGAAGCGCUCGCAGCUGUACAGCAUGGCCAACAAUCCCUACUCCACUCCACAGCAGCCAGGCGGAGGGCCUUACCCUCCGAGCCAGCCUUACACAUCGCCUCCUCCACACAGAUAUCCAAUGAGCAUGCAGGGGAGGGGCCAAAUGAGCAUGGGCGGGAUGCAGUAUCCUCAACAGCAGCAGGUGGCGCCAUAUGGUCAGCAGGGGAUGGGGGGCUACAGCCAGCAACAGCAGCAGCAGCAGCAGCAGCAGCAGGCGGGGCAGCAGGGGAACCCUCCAUACUUCAGCCCCCCUCAGCAGACCCCGCCAGGCCCAACUCAGAGCCCCUAUCUGCAGCCUCGACCACCGCCGCAACAGCCAGAGGGAUCUAUCAGCCUGCACGGAGUGACUCUGGUUCACAGCCUUGCCCUGGAUCAGAACAGAGCAGAACAAAACUGA